CACCAGUCUCUGACUUAAACCCGAAAUACUCCAAUUCCAACAAACCCAUCCAAAUCAUAAGCCAGCAUGUCCACCCAAUCCUCCCAAACAGUCUACCACUACCUCGACAUCGGCCGCCUAGGCCGCGGCGAAGUCGUCAGACUCUUCCUCAAGGACGCCGGUAUCGAAUUCAGCGAAGUCCGCUACCCAUACGAUGAGAACUGGCCCCAGGUUAGCAAGAAGCUGCAGGAGCAGGGUAUCACUCGAACUGGACUGGUGCCCGCGCUUGAGUAUAAGGGGAAGAUUCUGACGCAGCAUAUCCCCACCCUCCGCUACCUAUCCCGCGACCUUGGCCGCUACGAUGGCGAGACAAGCUGGGAGAAGUAUAUCGUUGAUGCGGUGGCGGAUGUAUAUAUUGAUUGGAGGAGCGAAUGGGUCUCCAAUUUCAUGCAACCUUCCGAGAAAUACAAGAACGAGUCCACAGCCAAGUACUACGAUGUUGUGGGGAAGUACUACGCCGAGACGGAGGGUCCGUAUCUUCUAGGGGAUAAGGUUACGUAUGCCGAUUUUGCUAUUUAUCAGAUUAUGGAUAAUGAUCGGAGGACGGGGACUAUUGUGGCAAAUCUUCCCGAGUCGCUUGUUAGGUUUACGGAUGCCUUUGAGAAGAGGGAGAAUAUUGCGGCGCUUAUUCAGGAGACGAAGUAGAGUUGCCGGUUCCCAUUGAGUCAAAUGGGUGUGAGUGCUCCGCGAUGGGGUGGAGUCGGAUGUACUCUGCGUUUCAUGUUUUACUCUCCCAAGUUGACACGGCGUAAAUGAUUUGGCAAUGGAAGCAGGGACCAAUAAAAGGACUCGAGAGCCGUUCUGUGUACCGAUUGUAGCAACUUUUAUAUCUCC